UCCUCUUUGGUGAGUGCUUUGUUGGUUUCAAUGAAUGCCGUGCUCUUUGUUGGUUUCAAUAAAUGCCGGUCCUCCUUAGAGAGUGGAUUCACUUGAUGAAUCUCUCAAAUCAUGGUCAACUUAGGAGGUGUGGUGCACAUCUCCUAUUUUGUGGUUCACAUUUUGGCAGCAAAGAAGUCGGUCUGUCUUCUUUAUGAGGUGUUGAAGCUCCUUCUUGUCCAAAGAUUUUAAAUUUUGUAAGUCAGGAUUUGAGACAUUUAAACAGAUAAAAGCCUUCUGUCUACAAAGAGGAAGAUCUUUCACCUCUUUUUCCAAUGGCAAUAGUUCCUAGAAUAUCACUUCAUUUUCUGAUACUUCUCUAUGUUUCCUAUAUUCCCUUGUCCCUUGCAAAAGAUGAAACCUACUUCAUCUACAAUGGCUUCCAUGAUAAAGCCAAUCUGCGUCUUGAUGGAAUCACAGAAAUCCACCGCAAUGGUCUACUGCAGCUAACCAACCUUUCACGCCAAGAAGUUGGUCGUGCUUUCUAUCAGUUUCCAAUGAAGUUCAACACAACUUCAUCUCUUUCAUUUUCUACCAACUUUGUGUUCGCCAUGGUUCAACAAGUGAAAAAUCUUGGUGGUCACGGCAUUGCCUUCACCAUCAGUCCCUCUAGAGACUUCUCCCAUGCUCAAGCAAAUCGGUAUCUGGGUCUCUUCAAUAUUUCAAAUAACGGCCUUUCUACAAACCACAUCUUGGCCAUCGAGCUUGAUACUGUUCAGGACCCUGAAUUUCAAGAUAUUGCAAUGAAUCAUGUGGGAAUCAAUGUGAACGGCAUGAAAUCAAAUGAAUCAGCUCCUGCAAUGUAUUUUUCCAAUAAAGAAGGGAAGAAUAUAAGCUUGGAUCUCAUGAGUGGGAAUCCAAUGCAUCUUUGGAUAGACUAUGAUGAAGCAGAAAAGUUACUGAAUGUAACACUAGCCCCAACCACAAUCCCAAAACCGAACCAGCCUCUCUUGUCAACACCCAUCGACCUGUCUCAAAUUCUCUUGGAAUCCAUGUAUGUUGGUUUCUCUUCAGCCACAGGUACACUUGCAAGUGAUCACUACAUUCUUGGAUGGAGCUUUAAUAAAAGCGGACCGUCACAAAGCCUUGAAAUUUUGAGACUUCCUCAACUUCCCCGACAGGGGAAAAGAGCGAUACCAGGCCCAAUGAUCAUGACUUUUGGCAUAGCAGUAGCACUUGUGCUGAUAACCGUCGCUGGAGCUGCUUACAUUUUGAGGAGGAUGAAAUAUGAGGAAAUACGAGAAGAUUGGGAAGAGGAGUAUGGCCCCCACAGGUUCAGCUACAAGAAUCUCCACAAAGCAACCAAAGGUUUCAACGACACGGAGCUUCUUGGAGAAGGAGGUUUUGGAAAGGUUUACAAAGGAAUACUUCCUUCUUCUAAUGUACAAAUCGCAGUAAAGAGAGUCUCCCAUGAUUCCAAACAAGGGAUGAAGGAAUUUGUGGCUGAGAUCGUUAGCAUGGGAAGAUUGAGGCAUAGGAACUUGGUGCAGCUCCUGGGCUAUUGCCGGCGAAGAGGGGAACUCCUCUUGGUGUAUGAUUAUAUGCCCAACGGAAGCCUUGACAAGUUCUUGUAUAGCAAUGAACAACCAAACCUUAGCUGGGUUCAACGAUUUCGAAUCAUCAGAGGAGUAGUAUCUGCCCUUCUUUACCUACAUGAAGAGUGGGAGCAGGUUGUUCUACACCGAGAUGUAAAAGCAAGCAAUGUUCUCCUGGAUGCUGAAUUAAAUGGAAGGCUAGGAGACUUUGGCCUUGCAAGAUUAUAUGACCAUGGUACCAAUCCUCAAACCACCCUUGUGGUUGGGACCGUGGGUUAUUUGGCUCCGGAGCUUACUAGAACAGGAAGGGCAACCACUUGCACUGAUGCUUUUGCUUUUGGGGCUUUCAUGCUCGAAGUUGCUUGUGGAAGGAGGCCAAUAGAGCUACCGGCCCAGGGACUGGCUGAAGGGGUGAUUUUGGUUGAUUGGGUCUCUGAGUGCUGGAGAAGAGGAGCUAUCCUUGAUGCUAGCGAUCCUAAAUUGGAAGGUAAUUAUGUGGUAGAGGAAAUGGUAUUGGUUUUGAAACUAGGCCUGCUUUGCUCAAAUGCAAUACCAGCUGCAAGGCCUAGCAUGAAGCAAGUGAUGCAGUUUUUGGAUGGUGAUGCUGAUCUACCAGAAUUACCACAUGACAGUGUUUCUUUUGGUGCAUUUACAAGUAAUGAAGCAUCCGAUUUCAUGUCAUUUCCUUUUUCCCAGGCUUAUGCGCCUUUCUCUUCCAUGUCUAGCACUGAUUCAAUCCUGAGAGUUGGUCGUUGAAUUUGCUGUCUCAUGCUAUGUGUAAGCUAGAUCAUUUAUGCUUGGGACCAAAUCAAGGAGGGCCACAUAGAAAGCUUAUAGAUCACUUGGAGGUGGGAGAGAAGAGAAAGAAGAUCACUUGGAGGUGACAACAUACAUGGCAACUCCUCUAGAGAUAACAAUUGCAAAGACAGUGAUAGUGAAUUAUAACUGUAGUCUUCGUGUUUGUAUAGAUUACGAUUGUAAUCGUUUAUCUCUAUCUUGUGUGUACCUUGAUACUCAUAUAUACAAGUAAGGAAGAAAUCCCAAUUCUAUCAGCUUUGAUGGUAUCAGAGCAAUAAAGACUUACAGUCGUGCGAUCCUUCCCUUUAUUUUUUCUUCUCUUUUUCUUUCAGCACUUUUGUCAAACACUUGGUCUUCUUAUGGCUACUCCACUUUCUUCGUCCACCAAGGGUUCCACCAAUUCCAAUUCCAAUUCCUCCUCUUCUUCCUCCACUGCUCCACCAGCCUCCAUCAGUGGUAGUCUUGUAUGCUUAUAACUAUUACUCGGCCAGGUGAGUCAAUUUAUGUCUUCUCCUUAGCAUCUUCACAUGGUUGUUGUUUGUAAAAAUCAUUCAAUAUCUUCUUCAGGUUCUCUAGCACUACAUAAUGGAUCUCCUCUUAAGCUUAUUGCCUAUGGUGAUGCUAAUUGGGCUACAUGUUCCGACACCCAUCUUUCUACAUCUGGUUGGCUCAUGUAUAUUGGUCUUUGCUUUGAUUUCAUGGAACUGCAAGAAAUAGGAACAACUUUCUAAAUUUUUCACUAAA